AUGGCAGACGAGGCGCGGUGCUGUGCGCGGUGCCGCAAGGCACAGGCCGAAGUACACGUACGCGAGCAGGUGUACUGCGCAGGGUGCUAUGCGCGUGUUUUUGCAGAAAAGGUGCGGUUCGGCCUGGAGUAUACGCGCGGCGCAAUCCUCCAAAAAAGUGUAGUGCGGCCGUGGGAGCAGGGGCUGGAGACAGGCGACGGGCCUGCAGUCGCGCCGGCGAUCGCUAUUGCAUACAGCGGCGGGCUUGCCAGCACGGUGCUGCUGCACGCCGUCUCCAAGGCGUUGAGUGGGGCGCAUAGCGCCCACUAUCUUCCGGCACGUGCACCGGAAAUGGCGCGGAUCGACGUGCUGUACGUGCAGGACGGCGCUGCGCGCGCAAAGUGUGGCCUGCCGCAAUAUGAUACAGAGCAGGUGCGUGCUCAGGCGUUGCGAAUUGCGCCACAUGCGACGUUUGCAUGCGUGGACCUCGCCGCUUGCUACGCCGAUGGCAGCGUCGACUGUGUGCUCGAGCGCGACGGCAAAAAGUAUCUCGGCGAGCGUGCGGCAGGAGAUGCACAGCAGGCACUGCGCAGUGCAUUGGAUACCCUAUUUCCCGCAUCGACUUCGCGCACCGGGGUUGCCGCUGCACGUACACGCGUCGAGGAUCUACACAAGAUACUCAUGCACCACCUUUUGCGCACGACUGCCAUGGAGCGGGGAUGCGCCGCGCUCAUGUACGCAGAUGACGCAGUGACGAGCGCCUCUGCACUGCUCGAAGGGAUUGCGAACGGUGCGGGGCACAAGCUGCCGAUCGCGCGCGCAGCGUCCCAGUGGUGGGUGGCCGAGCAGGAAACUUUGCUCAUCGUCCAUCCGCUGCACACGAUUCUUCCUUCAGAGCUUGUUUAUUAUGCGCAAACAAAUGCACUUGGUCCGCUAUAUUGCCCAACGCCGCGCGCGGGUGCGGAGAAGCACAGCAUCGGCGCGCUGACCCACUCGCUCGUCGCCUCGCUGCAGGACGGCGUGUCAAGUACAGUGAGCACGAUCGCAGGGACGGGCAGCAAGCUCGUGUACAUGCCAGAUACCUUGUGGCCGACAAGCAACGAAAUAGACCUCGACGAAGCGACGGACGCGAUGCAUCUUAAACAGCGCGACGCGCCGAGGAUUGGCGCCAAGGGCAUGUCGCUUGUCGCGUCUGUCCAAACACUUCCACGCUGGGAUCCCUCGCUGCUGCCGCCGUCCUGUCCACUGUGCCAUCUCCCGGCAAAGCGCGAUGCGGCUGCGUGGCGUGCGCAGCGCUCUGUCACGUCGAGCCGCACAGCCACCCAGGACCCAUUAAACUUGACGCCGCUCCAUACGCGCUUAUGCUAUACAUGCCUCCAUGUACUGCAAGUGCCCAGCACGCCCACUGGUGCGUCGAGCGCGCAAAUGCCGCUCCCGCUGUACGUCCUCAACGCCAUGCACCGGCCCGAGCACGGCAGGCAACAGGUGCGCGCCGCGCAGGAUACUGCGUAUAUACCACCCGAGCAUACGCCGCACAUUCCUGGCGGACGUGCCUCCCACGCCCUGCAGCCUGUAUCGCGCGAAGCAAUGCACGAUGCGGUCCAAGCGUUUCUCUUGUAG